UUUGACUUCUAAAAUGUCCUUUACUCACUUACAGGUGAUUUCAGCAAGGUGUGAAAUCCUUGCUGGUAAAAACAAAAAACCAAAAACAAACCUAUAAAAUAAUAAUCUUCCUUUUAUUCUCUUUCAGUAGAAUAUUAGAAUUACGGUUUAAGAAGCACAGCUCUUCAUUUUACAAGAGACACCUCACCCCUCCAAAGACAGCUGAAACUAAUGUACAGGCGGUCAUGCUUCAGGAGUCGCGAGUUCAUGAUAACAAUGCUAAUGCGAGAUUCUGCUAUAAAAAUGUGCUUGUCCCAAAAUGGUAUGAUGUAUGGACACGAAUACAGAUCCGGGUGAACAGCUCCAAACUGGUGCGUGUCUUCCAGGUGGACAGCGAGCAGAAGCUGGAGGAGCUAGAGCAGUUCAGUAUCUGGAACUUUUUUUCCUCCUUUUUGAAAGAGAAAUUGAAUGACACCUAUGUUAACGUGGACUUAUACAGCACAGAAACCUGCCUCAAGGUCGAGGUUACAGAGGGCAACACCAAGUACAGUGUUACUGUGACCCGGAGAUUUGACUCCAAACUCUUAAUUGUUUUUCUCCUUGGACUUAUACUAUUCUUUUGUGGAGACUUGCUAAGCAGGAACCAAAUCUUCUACUACUCCACUGGGAUGAGUGUGGGAAUUAUGACCUCUUUACUAAUCGUCAUUUUUCUGCUGUCCAAGUUUAUGCCCAAGAGAAGUUCCCUUUACGUCAUCAUUGUGGGAGGCUGGUCUUUUUCUCUGUACCUCAUUCAACUAGUUUUUAAAAAUUUACAAGAGAUCUGGAGGUGUUACUGGCAGUAUCUUUUAAGCUACAUCGUCACGGUUGGGUUCGUGAGCUUUGCGGUCUGUUACAAGUACGGGCCCUUGCAGAAUGAACGGACCAUCAACCUGCUGACAUGGACCUUGCAGCUGCUGGGCCUGUGUUUCAUGUAUGCCGGGAUCCAGAUCCCACACGUUGCCCUUGCCGUUAUCGCCAUAGCCUUGUGCACUAAGAACCUGGAGUACCCCCUGCACUGGCUGUACAUCACCUACAGAAAGUUGUGUAAGGCAACAGAAAAGCCUGUCCCCCCUCGUCUCCUGACAGAAGAAGAGUAUCGGAUACAAGGAGAGAGAGAGACCCACAAGGCUUUAGAGGAGCUUCGAAAGUAUUGUAACAGUCCAGAUUGCUCUCCUUGGAGGACUAUUUCUCGAAUCCAAUCUCCAAAGAGAUUUGCUGACUUUGUGGAAGGCUCCUCCCACCUCACACCGAAAGAGGUUUCCAUUUAUGAGCAAGAAUAUGGAUUAGGGAGCAUUAUUGCCCAAGAUGAAUUCUAUGAAGAAACAUCCUCUGAGGAGGAGAACUCAGAUUUCCAGUUCCCCACUAUCACACAGAACCACUUCCUGACCUAGGUGGUGCUCAGUUUUUUUUAUGUGGACUCAUUUGCUACUGGAAUGGUCCGUGCCGCCCGUAUUGUGCAGGUGUUUCUCGACGAUUUGAAACAGGGUGAGAUAGUGCUGAAGUUAGAGACCCGAGUAUGCCUGUCUCUGGGAAUGUGGGAUCCCUGGGGAAAAUGAAGGGGAAAGUAGUGAACACUGUGUCUGCACCUUUAUGUUCCCAGAGAAACUGACGGCCACAGAGAGCACAGCGUUCUAGGCCCUCCGGGGUAGUCAUGGCGUUUCUGCCCCGGUGGCGGGUGCCCAGGGUGGAGAACUGUGGCGUGUGCAGUAAAGCUCCCAGACUGCAGGCUGUCUUCCAAAAGGAAAUCUACAAAUCUGAACCUCCUCAUUUUCUGCUUUUAUUUGGGUAAUUUUUAACUGUCACAAGAGGAAAAUAGAUCUUCAUCUGUCCCAUUUUUAAAAUGGAUGUAUUUUGAAAAACAUAACAAACUCGUGUUCCAGAGCCAUCGAGUGCUCUAGAGUGACAGGCCUCAUAGGCCCCCUUCGUGUUUAUUGAUAUGGAUUAUGCCGGAGGCCCCAGGAGCUGUUGUAUCCAGCUCACAGGUUUGGCUGUCACGUGUGGUGGUCUGAGUCUUGCUUGCUUGUGGGAACACUCCUGGAGGCUUCCGCGGGGGAGGCCUGAUGUUCAGCUUUUAAUUUUAUCUUAAAAUGUCCGCGCCCUCCUCCCGUUCCUCCUGACCCUCUGCCCUUCGGGAGGGUUUUCUCACCUGUGAAGUAUGUGUUUCAUUUCUUAGAUUCUCUUUUCCCCUCAGCUUAUGGCAUAAUUCCUCCUAGUUCAGAGAAGUGAUCUUGUUUAGAGAAUGUAAAUGCUUUUGAAGCUUCUCCAUUUUUCCUCUCAUGGGUCCUGUGUCUUUACGUUGCUGUGAAAUCAAGAAACGACCACCUUUCCUUUUCCCUUCUUUUGUCUACCCCUCCUGCCUUCCCUCUUUGGUCUUUCUUUCCUCUCCACCUGUGCCCCUCCCCCCAAAUCUGGCUAAUUUGUACAUCCUGAAGCGCUCUCUGGCAUUUUUGAUACAACAUACAAGUUGUAGCAGGCACAGUCUGCCUUGCCACGAAAUAGCCGCCGGGUAGUCUUCACACCUUUGGGUGCUCACUGAGCCAUCGGGGCCAGGCGCUUUCCCAUGCACUUAUACUUACUCGUUGUUCCUUUUCUGGCCAGAAAUUCUUGUCUUUUAUUAUAUUGGCAUUAGUUUCAGAUUCCUUUGCCGUUGGUAAGUACUUUCAUAAACCAGCAGUUUCAUUUAUGAGGGAGUGUAUUCCAAAGUCUCUCUUAUGCUUUGUUCCGUCUUUGUGAUCUUCACCCUCAUACCUUGGAAACAAAUGCCAUUCCUCUAGCCAGGAAGCCGGACACCGAUGGCAGGAACACAGUGAUAGACGUAACUGACUUGCCACAGUCAUGGUGAAGGUGGAUGAUUUAAAAAAAAAAACUAAUGACUUCUUGAAACCUGCUGUUUAGCAGAGACCCUUGAAGGGCCCUGGUGCCAUCACUGACUUCCAGGGUGACCGAGACCCCUUCCAUUCGACCAGUUGGUGGUGCCCACUGGUGUCUCCCACCGCUUUAAGUUUGUCCUAAAGUGACAACUACCUCAAUUGGCAGCAAAUAGACAUAGCAAAAAGUGAAGUGAAAAAUCUGCAGUGUUUGGGCGAAUCGUGUGGGUUUAAGUUACAGAGUAAAAGGAGCUUUAUAUUGGGAAACCUGUAUGCCUUUGGAAAUGAGGCACCUGGUUAACUUUUAUUCCUCUACAAUGAACUGUUACAACUUCUGAAAUAUAUUUUUGCCUCAUUUAUAGAAAUUGAGAUGUAGCAUCUUUGAGCCUAAGUUGAUUUGAAAAUGUAAUUCAGCUGUAUAAGUGUUCUCAGGAUUCCCUGGAGACUUUGGUGCCUUCCUUCCCCAUAUAGCUACUUAAAGAAGGUGGUAGCUUGCCUCAAAUUUGACUUUACUUGAAUCAUGCCUUUACUGUAGUGAGAAAGCCUUGUGCAAUAAGGAAAGGUUCUUUUUCUGUUUCCUAAACUGGUUUCCAUCUCCAGACCAGCUUUUUCAUUGUAUUUGAGUUUGGGAUAAGUAAAAUCAAACUCAGUUUAUUACUCCAUGUCUGGGGUUAAAGAGCUGAGCCGUGGGCACUGGGGGUGACUGUGGGCCCUGUGGCGUGAGAGCUGCUCUCAGCAAGGGCCGGUGCCUGCAGUGUGCGUGUGCCCCUGCCCUGCCUGUGUGUGUGCCUGGAGCUUGCUUGACUCUUGUAAAUAAACCUUUAGGAGUUGCUCUUGACUCCCGCUUGGCCACUUAGUCUGCUGGCUCAGUCAUUACUUGAAGCCCCGUUUAAUUUUCUCUGGUCGUUACGCUCUUGCAAUUUCAGCAUAGUCUCCUCUCAGACUGAGCUCAUCAAGGAUUGAAGGGGUGACUAUGGAGUGAGCUGGACAUUGGAGCCAUGUCUAUAGCCUCGUCAGCAUCUUGCUUGGCAAAUAAAUAUCAAACUAUAAAUUGGCCCUGGGACUCAGGGUCACCUCAGCAUUGGAAAUCUAUGGCCUCUGAUUGGUCUGACCAAGUUGUGUUGCGUGUGACUCCCACUAAUGGGAAUGCAAGAGGUAACUGGCCUAAAAUAUUUCCCCUUCACUUUCUCAAUUAGAUUGCUUUCCUGAGACCAAUGGAACCAAUGACCAAAAAAAGAAAAUACAGCAUCUUUGAUAUUUGUUCAUCUCAUCAAAAUUAGGCUAUUUUCCCUCCAAAUUCACCAUCUUUAUGUCUGUUGCAAAGGGGACUUUGCUGAUGAUCAUCUUUGGGUCCCGCUGUUAUAGGUUGUGCUAAUACAUCCCAUUCCAGGGCCAAGCCCUCUGGACGUCGUUGGCUGUGUUCCCUUCAACCCAAACCUACUUGGCGUAUAUGAGAUUUCAUUCAUGAGAGGUGUCCGAUAGGCCAGUGAGUCCCUCCAGGCCCUGAUAGCCAUGAAGCACUUGGGAAUGGAUUAUGCAGUUGCCCUCCAUCUGUUUGUUGCCCCAGAAGAAAAGCUGGACUCAGAUGGAUCCCUGCGUAAACAUGGUUCCUAGUUUCUCUGAAUCGAGUAGUGAAAACUGAAGUAGGACUCAGGCCUGACAUACAUAUGAGAUAAUAGGCUAUAUUGAAAUGCCAAGAAUUUCAUCUGAACCGGAGAGAGGGCAAUUUGACAGAAACCAAGCAAUACACUAUAAAAUAGACCUUGUACAAGUGAAAUACCCCUAAAGCCUUCAGUUCUGCAUUGAUAUAGCAGAAAUGGAUUUUUUCUGGGGAGGAGAGAGCCUAUGCCGUUGUGAGCCAGUGGGGCCUGUUGGUAAUUUGUGGGUUCAGCUGGAGUCCAGAUGGUCACUACCUUGAAGUAAAGUGUCUGGUGCCUUAUGAGAUGGUAGCCAGAGCCUGCUGGGGAUGAGCAAGCCAAUCCACGCCAGCAUCAGCUCACAGCAUUCGCAGGGGUGGGGGCGGCCAUACAGUUUCACGAAAGGUGAGACUUGGGGUUCCUACAACUGCCCCUGCCCAUGUGUGUCAUUUUCCACUCUUGACAAUCACUCGAAAAUGGUGACAGCACCUUCUCUAAACUUUCCCACAACACAGACCGCGUUCUAUGUGAGCGUGACCGCUGGCUUACACAGCGAGCGUCAGAGCUGUUAGAGCCAGCAGUUGCCGCAGUUUCCUACGUUUUCAUGAUGCUGAAUAGCAGAGGAGAGGAAUUGUGGCCUAAAUUUUAGACUGUGGGUACUGCCUUAGUGAUGUUUUAAAAAGAUUCGUCAUUUAUAUUUAAACCAUGUUCAUGAAUGUUUGCAAGGGAUGAAAUGAUCAGGGAUGACUCUGCCAUGGGUCUUUCUUUUCUGUAAGAAAAAGUAAUGAUGUCCUGUAUUUUUUCAUUUGUAUUGUGUAAGUUUGUAAAUCUAAUUUUAAUAAA